AUGGCUGUCUCUGCACCUCCGGUGAUCUCUGCAACUUCCAGCAGCGCUGGCGUCCCGGGGGGCUUAUUUCGGGCCGAUCCCUUGUAUUCGACUUCUGGAGAGCCCCCUCGACUAACCCCUAACAUGAUCAACAGUUUCAUGGCUAAUAAUCACAGCGGCAGUGGAGGGAUUGGUAGUGGCAGCGGUGGCAGCGGCAACUCCAACGCUAACACCAACGAGUGCCGGAUGGUCGACAUGCACGGGGUGAAGGUGGCUUCCUUCUUGAUGGAUGGCCAGGAAUUGAUCUGCCUGCCGCAAGUGUUUGAUCUUUUCCUUAAACACCUGGUUGGGGGGUUGCACACAGUAUACACCAAGCUGAAGAGACUGGACAUAUCCCCCGUGGUGUGUACUGUGGAGCAAGUCCGUAUACUCCGCGGGCUGGGAGCCAUCCAGCCGGGGGUGAACCGUUGCAAACUCAUCACCAGGAAAGACUUCGAAACUUUGUUCACCGAUUGCACCAAUGCCAGAAGGAAGAGGCAAAUGACAAGAAAACAAGCUGUUAACAGUUCAAGGCCUGGCAGGCCUCCUAAGCGUUCUUUGGGAGUGUUACAAGACAACACCCGCCUUUUGCCCCACGCAGUUCCAGGCCUGUUAUCACCAGGACUUAUCACUCCAACAGGUAUAACAGCUGCAGCAAUGGCUGAGGCGAUGAAGUUGCAGAAGAUGAAGCUUAUGGCUAUGAAUUCUCUUCAGGGAAAUGGAAGCCAAAAUGGGACAGAAUCAGAGCCUGAUGAUCUUAAUUCUAACACAGGUGGAAGUGAAUCUUCCUGGGAUAAGGAUAAGAUGCAGUCUGCUCUUGCUCCUCCUGGACCUCAACAUGGAAUUGCUCAUGCAACACUGGCUGGCCAGCCAGGCCUUGCAGGAACUCCCACCCUUAAUCCACUGCAGCAGAACCACCUGCUAACCAAUCGGCUGGAUCUGCCAUUUAUGAUGAUGCCUCAUCCUCUACUUCCAGUCAGCUUACCUCCUGCAUCAGUUGCUAUGGCAAUGAAUCAGAUGAACCAUCUUAAUACUAUUGCCAACAUGGCUGCUGCAGCCCAGAUUCACAGUCCACUUUCCAGAGCUGGUGCCUCUGUUAUAAAGGAACGGAUCCCAGAGAGUCCUUCUCCAGCUCCCUCUCUGGAAGAAAGUCAUCGCCCUGGGAGCCAGACCUCCUCUCACCCCAGUAGCAGUGUGUCAAGCUCUCCCUCCCAGAUGGAUCAUCAUUCUGAGAGAAUGGUUAUGAUGCCUAGCAACAGAGAGGAAGUUAUUGUUGAUCAGGAUAAUGGACCAACCAUCAAAAAAUUCCCAAGGGAUAAUAAAGAAGAGGGACCAGUUCAAAUUCCAAUGAUGAAGUCGCCCUUGGACAAGAUCCAGCUGGCUCCUGGGCAGGCCUUGCCCCCUGGAUUCCCUGGACCAUUCAUUUUUGCUGAUAGUCUGUCCUCUGUGGAGACUCUGUUGACCAACAUUCAGGGUCUGCUGAAAGUGGCCUUGGAUAAUGCUCGCAUCCAGGAGAAGCAGAUUCAGCAAGAAAAGAAGGAGCUGCGAAUGGAGCUCUACAGAGAGAGAGAAAUUAGAGAAAACCUAGAAAGACAGCUUGCAGUGGAGCUUCAAAGCAGAACUACCAUGCAAAAGCGCCUGAAGAAGGAGAAAAAAGCCAAGAGAAAACUGCAGGAAGCCUUGGAAUUUGAAUCAAAGCGUCGGGAGCAAGUGGAGCAGGCACUUAAGCAAACUACUAAUAAUGACAGUGGCCUGAGGAUGUUGAAAGAUACUGGAAUUCCAGAUAUUGAAAUAGAAAGCAAUGGGACUCCUCAUGAUAGUGCUGCUAUGCAAGGAGGUAACUAUUACUGUUUAGCAAUGGCACAACAGUUUUAUUCGGCCUGAAAGGUCCCUGCUGGCUUUACAUAAAUGAAGAUGCUUGUGAUUCCAGUUUGUCUCUGAAACUGUUCAACAUGGAAACAUUUCAGUUGUGUUUAUCAGCAAAGCUUUCCUUAUUGAAGCAAAUACCCAAUCAAUGUUACACUUUUGAAAGGAAUGUGUGUAUAUUGUAAAGGCAAUGAUCUAAACCUUGUCUUCGCAUUAGAUUUCCCAGUUUAAGAAUAGGAUCAAAAUCCUAAUGGCUAAAGUAACUUGAUUGUAUUUGAUGCUUUUCUAUGCUCAUUUCAGCUUGGCUUUUUGUCUUUCAAGGAAAAAAAAUAUGGUAGUGUGUUAGAGAUUAGAAAUUUACAUGUAUAGUUUCUCUGUUUUACCAUAUGUUAAGUUAAAGUACAUUUACUUUGU